GGAGCUGAGGUCGCGUUCCCGCCUCGGCGCUCAGCACUUGCUGGGAAGCCCGCGGUGCGGCUGCUCGCCCGCGGCAGAUCCCCUGCGCCGCGAUGCCUCCCGACCCGAGGCCCUGGGUCUCCCUGCUGCUGGCGGACGCGGCCUUACUGUGGCUGCUCGGGGGCGCUCUCGGGGCGCUGCUGCCCCCGGGGCUCCCCGGACUGUGGCUGGAGGGGGUCCUGCGGCUCGGGGGACUGUGGGGACUGCUCACACUGGGCGGGCUGCUGGGGUGCGUGGGGACCUUCCUGCCCCUGCUGUGCCUGGAGACCCCCCUGUUUCUCUCUCUGCGAGCCCUGAUGGGAGGGGCCUCGAGGGCCCCCGCAGGGCGCGCGGCCUCGGCCUCUUGGAGUUGGCUGCUGGCGGGGUACGGGUGUGCGGGGCUCAGCUGGACGCUGUGGGCGGUGCUGAGCGGCCCCGCGGCGGGAGCCCGGGAGACAGAUGCGGGCCGCAAGGGCAACCAAGCCCUGAUGUGGCGGCUGCUGCGGCUCUCCAGGCCCGACCUGCCCUACCUCGCGGCCGCCUUCGUCUUCCUGGUUCUUGCGGUGCUGGGGGAGACAUUCAUCCCUCAUUACUCUGGUCGUGUCAUUGACAUCCUCGGAGGUGAUUUUGACCCUGACACCUUUGCCAGCGCCAUCUUUUUCAUGUGCUUAUUCUCCAUUGGGAGCUCACUGUCCGCUGGCUGCCGCGGCGGGUCCUUCCUCUUCACCAUGUCCAGAAUGAACCUGAGGAUCCGGGAGCAGCUGUUCUCCUCCCUGCUGCAUCAGGACCUCGAGUUCUUCCAGGAGACAAAGACAGGGGAGCUGAAAUCAAGACUGAACUCGGACACCACCUUGAUGAGCAACUGGCUCCCUCGGAACGCCAACAUAAUCCUGCGGAACCUGGUGAAGGUGGUGGGGCUCUACGGCUUCAUGUUCAGCGUGUCGCCUCGCCUCACUCUCCUCUCUCUGCUCGACCUGCCCCUUUCAAUAGCAACCACGAAGGUGUACAAUGCCCGCCACCGGGCUUUGCUUCUGGAGAUCCAGGACGCAGUGGCAAAGGCUGGGCAGGUGGUGCAGGAGGCCGUUGGCGGUGUGCAGACGGUGCGCAGCUUCGGAGCCGAGGAGGAUGAAGUGUGUCGUUAUAAGGAGGCCCUGGAGCGGUGCCGACAGCUGUGGGCAAGAGGAGACCUGGAGCGAAUGUUGAACCUGCUCAUCCAGAGGGUGCUGGGCCUGGCUGUGAAGGUCCUGGUGAUGUGCUGCGGAGUGCAGCAGAUCCUGGCAGGGGAGAUCACCCAGGGAAGCCUGCUCUCCUUUCUGCUCUACCAGGAAGAUGUGGGCGAGCAUGUGCGCUCUCUGAUGUGCAUGUAUGAGGACAUGCUGAGCAACGUGGGAGCAGCCGAGAAGGUGUUCGGGUACCUGGACAGGAAGCCCAAUCUGCCUCCCCAGGGGACUCUGGCCCCCACCACGCUGCAGGGCCAAGUGGAGUUCCGGGAUGUCUCCUUCGCGUACCCCAGCCGCCCCGACCAGCCCGUGCUCCAGGGCCUGACGUUCACCCUGAGUCCCGGGAAGGUGACGGUGCUGGUGGGACCCAAUGGGUCGGGGAAGAGCACGGUGGCCGCCCUGCUGCAGAACCUGUACCAGCCCAGCCGGGGGCAGGUGCUGCUGGAUGGAGAGCCCGUCUCCAAGUACGAGCACGGCUACCUGCACAGACAGGUGGCGUCGGUGGGGCAGGAGCCCGUGCUCUUCUCGGGCUCCGUGCGGGACAACAUCGCCUACGGGCUGCCGGGCUGCGAGGACGGCCGGGUGCUGGCGGCUGCGCGCGCGGCCCUCGCCCAGGAGUUCAUCCAGGAAAUGAAGCACGGGAUCCACACAGAUGUGGGGGAGAAAGGCAGCCAGUUGGCCGCAGGACAGAAGCAGCGCCUAGCGGUUGCCCGCGCCCUGGUGCGGGACCCACGGGUCCUGAUCCUGGAUGAGGCCACCAGCGCCCUGGACACGGAGUGCGAGCAGGCCCUGCAGGCCUGGAAAUCCAGGGGGGACCGGACGGUGCUGGUGAUCACGCACAGCCUGCACACGAUUCAGAAGAAGGACCAGGUCCUGGUGCUGAGGCAGGGGCAGCUGCAGCCGCCCACCCAGCCGGGGGAGGACCAAGACCUCUAUGCCCACCUGACCCAGAGGCAGCGGGAGGACUGAGGCCUGCGGGAGCAGGCCCGUCCCAGGCCCGUCCCUUGGACUCAGACCCCAUCCAGAGCAGCUUCUGCGAAUUGCCCUGUGUGCCUGACUUGUCCCUGGAGCUUGAGGCGCGGUGGAGAUCUGGAUCCUGGGU